UAACGUGCCGCUGCUGUUUUCCUCCAUACACAGCGAUAAAUAUACACUAUAGACAUGUAAUUGUGUGUGUUUGCAGCAGUGAAUGUCGAAGAAGGUGGAAUGACAGGAUUUCUGCAGUGUUUUGGAGCGCACACCGCCUCAUCUGGUGCUCACUGAGGAAGGACACGGCUGCGCGUCGUCGUCAGGAACCGUCCGGGAGAUGGACGGGAGGACUGCGGAAACCGGGGAUGACGGGAGGACGAGUGAGGAAACGGCCGCCGGCCCCUGUCUGCAGCUUGACCUGGGGGACACCGAUUCAGCCAAGAAGGCUCAGAUAACAGAGAUGCCGUCCCCAUUCGGAGUAACCCAUGAGAAAAAGAUUGGUCACAGGAGGGUAGAUGCCUCUGGACAGACAACCUACAAGAAGACUACCUCCUCUGCCCUGCAAGGGGCCAUCCAGCUGGGUAUUGGAUACACUGUUGGCAACCUCAGCUCCAAGCCUGAGAGAGAUGUGCUCAUGCAGGACUUCUAUGUGGUGGAAAGCAUCUUCUUCCCCAGUGAAGGCAGUAACCUCACUCCAGCCCACCACUUCCCAGACUUUCGGUUUAAAACCUAUGCCCCUGUGGCCUUUCGCUACUUCCGAGAGCUGUUUGGGAUUCGACCAGAUGACUACCUGUAUUCCCUGUGUAACGAGCCUCUAAUCGAGUUAACAAAUCCAGGAGCGAGUGGAUCCAUAUUCUACGUAACCCGUGAUGAUGAGUUCAUCAUCAAAACUGUUCAGCACAAAGAGGCAGAGUUUCUACAGAAACUGCUUCCUGGAUACUAUAUGAACUUGAACCAGAAUCCCCGGACUUUGCUGCCAAAAUUUUUUGGCCUCUACUGCGUCCAGUGCGGGGGCAAGAACAUCAGAGUUGUUGUGAUGAACAAUAUUUUACCACGCUCUGUACGCAUGCACCUCAAGUUUGAUCUGAAGGGCUCCACAUACAAGCGGCGAGCAUCUAAGAAGGAAAGAGAGAAGUCCAAACCCACGUUUAAAGACCUGGACUUCCUCAGUGACGUUCCUGAAGGCCUCACUCUGGACCAGGAUACGUACAGCGCUCUGGUCAAAACUCUGCAGAGAGACUGUCUGGUUCUGGAAAGUUUUAAGAUUAUGGACUACAGUUUGCUGCUGGGUGUCCACAACAAGAGCCAAGCAGAGCGGGAACAUCAGUCUCAGGGCUCACCUGCAGGAGGAGGUGGGGAUGAAAAGAAGCGCGCAGCUCAGAGAGCUUUAUAUUCCACUGCAAUGGAGUCCAUACAGGGAGGCUCCACAUGCAGGGACACGCUGGACCAUGAUGACACUAUGGGUGGUAUUCCAGCUGUAGGAGGUAAAGGAGAGCGCCUCCUGCUGUUCAUUGGGAUCAUUGACAUCCUGCAGUCCUACAGGAUGAUCAAGAAACUGGAGCACUCUUGGAAGUCUCUCAUCCAUGAUGGGGACACGGUGUCUGUUCAUAGACCUGGUUUCUAUGCUGAGAGAUUCUACAAAUUCUGUAGUACCAUCGUCUUCAAGAAGAGCAGCUCACUGCGAUCGUCUCCAUCUAAGAGAGGAAGAGGGGCUCUCAUGUCCAAGUCCAGUGCUGGAACAGGUUCAGCUGGGCAGCGUCCCUCACUGACUGAUGAAAGACAGGAAAACCUGGACAACCUGGAGACCUUACAAGGAGCUCGCAGCUUCCCCAUGCUGGAGGACAACGGGAGAGAGCCACCCUGCACUCCUCCAUCCUUUGAAGAUGCUACCACGGCUUCCAUCGCCACCACGCUCUCCUCCAACAACUCCUUACCCACCACCCCCUUCGAUACACCCGAGCACCCACGCCACAGGAGACUAAUGCUUUCCCCAAGUGUGGCCAGGGCGCAGAGAGAGGUAGUUGAGGUUCAUGGGGAAAAGCAGGACACCAUUACAGUGGAGGUGGAGCUCAGUAAAAUCCCAAAGAGCACGGAGCUCACACAGAUGACAGAAAUGACCUCUCCCAGUCAUCUUUCACCUGAUCGUCAGCCCCACGCCCUCGCUUCACCCACCAAAAUCAGUCCGUCCUCAGCACAUUCCUCCUCCACCCUUCCUCCUUCCUUUGUGUCUUCCUCCUCAGCUGUUCAAUCAGCUGCCCAGUCAUCCUCCACACUUACUUCAUCCAUCCGUCCAUCCACCAAACCACUCACCUCUCCCACUGCUCAGUCUUCCACUCUCUCUUCUCCGAUCUCUCCUUCAGUCGCGCAAACCACACUUCUCACUCGGCCUCCAAACACCUCCACCCUCCCGCCCGCCUCAGCAUUUACUCCCAUCUGCCCUUCAUCUUCUCACUCCUCCACCCAGAGCUCGUCUCACCAUCUCCCUUCGACCCCUCCCUCCUCCCACCCUCCAAGCCCCCAGGUGCCUCGGCAGACGCUACAUGCGUCGUACAAUCAGCUGUCCGUGUCCAGCAGCCACAACUCACUGGAUGGGGAGGUGCAGGUGUCUGACAUCUACUUUUAUGCAGAUGGCAGAUAUUGGGUGUACUCUCCAGUUCUUGGUCGUCGUAAGCUAAACUCUAGCUCAAGUUACAAUCAGACUCAGGAGGAUCGGGGCUGGGUGUACUCUCCUCUGCACUACGGCUCAGAGUCCAGAAGGGACUCAGAAGGGGAGAGUGAGACAUAACUCACAGUGGAGACAGCGGUGAGGGGUGGAGCCAGAGGCUGUCUCCAUGUACAAGAGCUGGUAGGUUUUAAUAACAAAGCCACCAGGACACUAUGAGAAUUAAUUCUGGUCGCUUAAGCUGCAUGUGGGAGCUUGCUUUGCCAACAGAGACUGAAGGAAUGAACUUAGAAGCAUUCAAGUGUACAACAAUACAGUCGCGCAGAUACUCACAUAUAUUAAAACAAACAUAAAACUAUCAAAAUAUUAUGCAAAAAAAAAAAAAAAUCAUAAAGCAUCAGUUCCUGGACAAUCUGACUGACAUCAAGCAGAGAAAUAAAUGGUACAAUCAGCUGAGCGGCACUGAGUGAAUUAGGUGAUACUGUUGCAGCACUGCUGUGCGCUGUGGAGGGUUUUAGUGUUGAUGAGUCACACUAUGCUGUGCCAGCUCUGGCUAUGCAAUAUGGACAUGCGUGUUAUUGAUUUCUCUUUUUGAGUAACAACUACAGAGUUUAUUUAUUUUUCACUAGGGGCAUGUCAAAGCUAUGUAUCAUUUUAUUUCUAGCACUUUAUCAGUGUACAUGUGGCUGAGGUUUUUUGAAAUCGUACGUUUUGUUUUUUUGUCAUCAGUUAUCGUUUAAAAACACUCAAACACAGGAAAUGUUUUGUGUGCUGCGUGUAUGCACAGUGUUAUGUAUUACCAGCAGCGUGUGAU